AUGAGGGGAAGGCCCCUGGCAGCCAAAAUGAAGUCUGUGCUGUCUGUGUGCUGCUUGCUGUCUCUGCUGGUCCUGUCUGCUGCAGAGCUUCUGACGGGCCCCUCCAGCCACGAUGAGGAUCCCUUGGUGCGUCUGCAGCUCCAGCAGCCAGAGGGAGAUCUCUUCUCCUGUGGAUGUGAUACAACAGAGGAGCACGCUAGCCAGAGCUCUUCCAACGACACCCCGGCCCCAGAGAGGACCAUAUGUCAGCCCUGCAAACCUCCAUCAGCUGUAGAUACAGAAGAAGAUUCAGCUUCGACCUCGGAGCAUGAAGAGGAGGAGGCAGCUUCAUUGGAGAGGGAUGCGUCCACUGAGGAGCUUACAGAUGAUGGAGAGGAAGAGACGGAAGAGGCUGCGUCUCAGGAAGAGGUAGAAGAGGAGAAAGAGACAUCUGAGGAGAAGGCUGAGGAAGAGGAGGAAGUGUCUGAGGAGGUUGCAUCAGAUGAGGAGGAGGAGGUAGCUGUGGUUGAGGAGGAGAAAAUCGAGGAAGACGAAGAAGAAGCAGAGGAGGAAUUAUCCAACAAAGAAGAAGUGCAUGAACCUCAGGAAGAAGUUGCAGAGACGGAAGAAGCUGCUGCUGAAGAAGAAGCAGUAGAGGAAGGUGAAGACACACAGGAGGAUACAGAGGCAGCCGCUGAGGAGGACGAUGUGGAAACUUUCCUACAUGAGGCUGCAGAGGAGGAAACUGCUGAGGAAGAGGUUGCACUGGAGCCAGAAGCAGCUGAAUCCGAACCAGAACCAUCUGAGGCGGAACCAGAGGUGACUGAAGAGCCUGAACCAGAACCAGAGGUGACUGAAGAGCCUGAACGAGAACCAGAGGUGACUGAAGAGCCUGAACGAGAACCAGAGGUGACUGAAGAGCCUGAACCAGAACCAGAGGUGACUUCAGAGCCUGAGAUUGAAGUGGUUGCAGAGACAGAGAUGAUUCCUGAGCCUGAACCCGAACCAGAGGUGACUGAAGAGCCUGAGAUUGAAGUGGUUGCAGAGACAGAGAUGAUUUCAGAGCCUGAACCCGAACCAGAGGUGACUGAAGAGCCUGAGAUUGAAAUGGUUGCAGAGCCCAAGGUGAUUCCUAAGCCUGAACCAGAACCAGAGUUGAUUUCAGAGCCUGAGCUUGAGGUGGUUGCAGAGCCAGAGCCUGAAGUGGAGCUAGAGCCUGUUUUGGAGGAGCUUGCACCACAAUCUGCAGAGGAUGUGACUGUGGAAGGGGAAGCGGUGGAGGAGGCAUCAGUAGAUGACGUUGAGGAGGCGAUGGUGGAGGAGGUGUCUUCAGAGGAGCCUGCACCGGCAAAAACCAAAGGUACAAAAAGAGAACACCAUCUGGAACAUCAGCCAGCAGGCCCGACACUGAGGGACCGCACCCAUAUUGAGGACAUGCUGCGAUUGGGUACUAAUGAACCCUCAACAGAGCUCUCAGCUGCUAUGAAGAAGUUGCUAAACAUCUACCACGCUGCCAUCCAGCCAAUGGAGCAAGCCUUCAAGUACAAUGAGCUCAGGCAGCAUGAAGUCACAGAUGGCGAGAUCACCUCUAAGCCCAUGGUUUUGUUCCUGGGACCCUGGAGCGUUGGCAAGUCCUCCAUGAUCAACUACCUGCUGGGUCUUCACGGCACCCCUCAGGAACUCUACACAGGUGCUGAGCCCACCACCUCAGAGUACACGGUCAUAAUGAACGGGGAAAAGUUUCGGUCCAUAGAGGGCAUCGUCAUGGCAGCAGACAGCUCUCGGUCCUUCUCUCCCCUUGAGAAGUUUGGCCAAGGCUUCCUGGAGCGGCUGGUGGGCAUCGAGAUGCCCCACAAGCUGCUGGAGAGGGUCACCUUCGUCGACACACCCGGCAUCAUUGAAAACCGCAAGCAGCAGGAGAGAGGUUACCCCUACAACGAGGUGUGCCAGUGGUUCAUUGAUCGAGCAGAUCUGAUCUUCCAGGUGUUCGACCCCACCAAGCUGGACGUGGGUGGAGAGCUUGAGAUGCUCUUCAGGCAGAUGAAGGGCCGCGAGUCCCAGAUUCGCCUCAUCCUCAACAAGGCCGACAGUCUUUCCACCCAGAACCUGAUGAGGGUCUACGGGGCCCUGUUCUGGAGUAUGGCGCCCCUGAUCAAUGUCACGGAGCCCCCCCGGGUGUACGUCAGCUCCUUCUGGCCUCAGGACUAUGCUGCAGACACCAGCCGAGAGCUGUUCAUGAAGGAGGAGACCUCUCUGCUGGACGACCUCAACCAGGUGAUUGAGAACCAAAUGGAGAACAAGAUCGCAUUCAUCCGCCAGCAUGGCAUCCGCGUGCGCAUCCACGCCCUGCUGGUUGACCGUUACCUCCAGACCUACUACGACAAGCUGGGCUGGUUUAACGACCCCUACGAGGUGUUCAAAGACAUCGUCAACGACCCCGACAAGCACUAUAUCUUCAAAUCCAUUCUGGCCAAGACCAACGUCAGCAAGUUUGACCUGCCCAACAAGGAGGCCUACCAGGACUUCUUUGGCGUGAACCCGGUUUCCAGCUUCAAGCAGCUCUCCUCCCACUGCAGCUGGACCGGCGGCUGUCUACUAGAGAAGCUAGAGAGGGCCAUCUCGUACGAGCUCCCGGCCCUGCUCAGCAGUGUCGGCAAGGUCGCAGCCACGCCUGCACCAGUGAAGGCUGCACCCGCACCUCCGCCUCCGCUCCCUGGCACCUGUGAGGGUCCCGGAUGUGAGGAGAAACCCAAGAAUCGCUGGAGGAAGCAGUGA